GGGAGCAAGGGCGGGAGGAGACACAUGCGCGCUGCCUGCCGCCGCCGCCGCCGCCGCCGCCGCAGUCCUUAGCUUCCCGGGGACAGGAAACCUUCGAGACCGAGCUGCCACUGCCGCCUCCCCGACUGCCCCGGUUCGGCGCGCCUGCCACACCCUCCUCCCCUCUUCCACGAUCUUUCGGUGGGGCACUGCAGGGACUCGGCCCGCGCUGCCGUCUCCCCCUCCCGGGGGAGCGCUGUGACCCCCCCCGCAGGAGCGGCGGGGCGGGGUGGGGGGGGCCCGGGAGAAGAUGGCGACGCCGGGAAGCGAACCCCAACCUUUCGUCCCUGCCCUCUCGGUGGCUCCUCUGCACCCACAUCAUCAUCCCCACCACCAUCCCCACCACCAUCAGCACCACGGAGGAACGGGAGCCAACAGCGGGGUCGGGGGAGGAGGCGGCGGCGGCGGCGGCAGCGGGGGCUUCAACCUGCCCUUGAACCGGGGGCUGGAGCGCGCGCUGGAGGAAGCGGCCAAUUCCGGGGGGUUGAACCUCAGCGCCAGGAAAUUGAAGGAAUUUCCCCGGACCGCGGCCCCCGGGCACGACCUCUCGGACACGGUGCAGGCAGAUUUAUCUAAAAACCGACUGGUCGAAGUCCCAAUGGAAUUGUGCCAUUUUGUAUCACUGGAAAUUCUUAAUCUGUAUCAUAAUUGCAUCAGAGUCAUUCCUGAGGCCAUCAUUAAUCUGCAGAUGCUGACUUACUUAAACUUGAGUCGAAAUCAGCUGUCUGCCCUGCCUGCCUGCCUGUGUGGUCUGCCUCUCAAAGUCUUAAUCGCAAGUAACAACAAACUUGGAUCGCUGCCAGAAGAGAUAGGUCAGCUCAAACAGUUAAUGGAGUUGGACGUCAGCUGCAACGAGAUCACAGCCCUCCCCCAGCAGAUAGGUCAGUUGAAAGCUCUACGGGAACUGAAUGUCAGAAGAAAUUACCUUAAAGUCUUACCACAAGAACUAGUAGAACUUCCCUUGGUAAAGUUUGACUUUUCCUGCAAUAAAGUGCUCGUGAUUCCCAUUUGUUUUAGAGAGAUGAAACGGCUGCAGGUAUUACUACUUGAGAACAACCCUUUGCAGUCUCCUCCAGCACAGAUUUGCACAAAGGGCAAAGUGCACAUAUUCAAGUAUCUGAGCAUACAAGCAUGUCAGAUGAAGACAACCGACUCCCUCUAUCUCCACACGAUGGAGAGGCCACAUUUACACCAGCACGUGGAGGACAGCAAGAAGGAUUCUGAUUCGGGCGUUGGAAGUGAUAAUGGAGACAAGCGUUUAUCUGCUACAGAGCCUUCUGAUGAAGACACGGUUAGCCUCAACGUGCCAAUGUCAAAUAUCAUGGAAGAAGAACAGAUCAUCAAGGAGGACUCGUGCCAUCGCCUUAGCCCAGUUAAAGGGGACUUUCAUCAGGAAUUUCAACCAGAGCCUUCCCUUCUGGGGGACAAUGACAACUCAGGAGAAGAAAGAGACCAAUUUACUGAUGGAAGAGAUGUUCUCCGUUCAGAAUUUAUAACGUAUAUUAAGGAUAGGGCUGAGGACUGUGAAGAACUGUUACGGAUAGAAGAGGACACGCACUGGCAACCUGAGGGAAUAAUAAGUUCAUCCAAAGACCAGGAUGUGGAUAUGGCGAUGAUCGAACAGCUGAGAGAAGCGGUAGAUUUGCUGCAAGAUCCCAACAGAUUAAGCACAGAUGUUUCAGAGAGAAAUGUUGUAAACUUUUAUCCUGUGGAAUCAGCAGAAGCCUUAGACUUACAAGAUUCUGCACUAAAUGGUCAAAUACAGCUGGAGACCUCUCCCGUUUGUGAGGUGCAAAAUGACCUAACAUUACAGAGUAAUGGGAGCGAGUAUUCUCCAAAUGAGAUUAGAGCCAACUCCCCUGCCAUCUCUCCUACCGCCAACAGCACGGGGCCGUUUGGCCUGAAGCCUCGAUCAGACCCAGCCCUCACUCUUCCUCCUAUCUCCUUCAACAAACUUACACAGGCACAAACAUGGGACAGCUCUAGCUACAGUGUUCCAUCUGAAGGAGACAGUGACAAUGUGUUUCUGAGACCUCAGAGAAAUUUGGAAUCUAUAGACCCACAGUUUACAAUUCGGAGGAAAAUGGAGCAGAUGAGAGAAGAGAAGGAAUUGGUGGAACAUCUCCGCGAGAGCAUCGAGAUGAGACUCAAGGUCAGCCUGCAUGAAGACCUGGGGGCCGCACUCAUGGAUGGCGUGGUCCUCUGUCACCUGGUCAAUCACAUCCGCCCGCGCUCCGUCGCAAGCAUCCAUGUCCCGUCACCAGCAGUUCCCAAACUUAGCAUGGCCAAAUGCAGAAGAAAUGUGGAAAACUUUUUGGAAGCCUGUCGAAAAUUAGGAGUACCAGAGGAAAAACUGUGUCUACCCCAUCACAUCCUUGAAGAGAAAGGCCUGGUCAAAGUGGGCAUUACUGUUCAAGCAUUACUAGAUGUAACGGUAACGAAGUCUCUGUUCACAUGAAACCAGCUCCUCUCCUUUGGGUCGGUUCAGACUCAUCUCUCGUCAGAGAUCCUGAACUCUGCUCUCAGCACCUGUUCCUCCUACCCUCCCACUCACUACCUGUCAGUUCCCUGGCUCUAGUUGCAUUGAAGGGAGGACAUAAGGGAAGAUGUUUCUGCCUUUCAGAACUGACCUCCACUGUUAAGAUAUGAGAGAGAUUUACCUUAAAGCCAGUGAGGGAGCUGUCUGUGAAGAACUGAGCAGCACAUCGAUGCCUUUUACAACCUCCUUCCAUCCCUACGCUCACCUACUGCCAUUACCGAAACACCAAGCACAACCGUUUUUGCAACAAGACGCAUUUGUUUUAUUCAAACCAAACUUCUUGUGUAUUUGGUGGGGGGAGGGGGGGGAACUCAAUCAGGUUUUUCACCACCAAAUUUUUCAAGACGUUUCUUGAGACCAUUGCCUUUUAAAAAACUAUUUUCGACAUACAAAAUAUUUAUAUAAAUAUUAUUUAUUAGUGAGUUGUUAUUUCAUCCUUUGGAUGCAAAUUGUAAAUUAGGAAACUAUUUUAUUACUGCUUUUUUGUGGUUAAACACUUUAUUUUAAUAUUAUAAAUACUGAAUUAUUUUCUAUGCUCUUUGGUGUGCAGUAGUUGUAGGUCUCAGUAAUCACGUUUUCUGGUGUUUGUGACUCAGAAACAAACAAACAAAAAAAUGAAGCCAAAAAACAGGUGCUUCUGUGACAAGAACUGUUUUCCGGGGAGGCAUUAUUUCCACUUCGGUUCAUCGAACAUUGGUUUUAUUUAUAUUCCUGCAUUCCAUCCAGUUUCCUACAUUCCAGCAGCCCUGUUGUCCUCUCAUGUAACGAACUGACUGAAAUCGAGAGAGCACCCCAAAGUUAUCUGUAAAUAGCUGUGAUGGAAAAAAAAAAGGCACAUUAAACUUGAAGAUGAAAUGUGAACAGUUAUUUUUUUGGAUUCAGACUUAUUUUGCUAUGCACAAAACAUUCACGUUUUUAACACAGAGAAGUAGUAAGUGUUAGCAUCGUGCGUCUUGAAGUAUAAUUUUGCACUGUAACUUGGGUAAUGAAAGAAAGUCUAACGCCAAAGGUAAAUAAUCAGGAAAUGUCAUCGGAAGGUGGAGGUAAUAAAAAGAUGUAUUGUUUAACCAAAAAGCUUCUUGAAGGACGGCUCUGACUGAGUGAGGCAGAAUUACGCACGGCACGUAGGGCCCAGAUCAGGAAACCAGCACUUCUUACCACUGCCAGUCUUAAGGGAGGAAACGAUUGUGAGAAAAGCAGGCGUGCUGACUUUAUUGUAAUUUAGUUGGCGGCUUCCAGAAAACGCUGCAGGAUUCACGGUCUCUGGUGUGAAACCGCGGAAGUGAGUUAGCGAGUUGGUGGGGCAGCCGCAUGAACACCCAGGCAGGCUCCGGAGAAGGUUAGGUAAGUGGCGUUUGGAGACGGAGUAGCUUAGGAAGGAGUGGAAAGUAAGUUCGAUCAAAGCACGACUAGAGAAGAGCCAGCGAAGGCAAGGGAGCUGUGUUGGUUGGAGAGAUUCACACAAGGCUUAACAGACACAACCACCUAUUUGAGGCCGUUACGUGCACGUGCACUCGCCCAUCCCAGCCCUUCAUCUUCCGAAGUCUCGUGGAGGCUGACUGCAGCUUCGCCUCCGUGAAAAGCCAUUGUAAGUUUUUAGAGCGGCGGCAGCCACAAUUCACAAGACAAAUACGAGGGUGAACACAGAGCAGAGGAUACCGGGGCGAUGGUGUGCAUUGAACCGCGGACUGACUGCCGUCAGUCAAUGCCAGCAUCUGCCGUGGGCAGGAUGGAGGGGUUACUGAAAAUGGUCGUUUGCAUUGGCAGCUAGCGGUUAUUUCCUGUCAAAUAAAUGUACUGUGCACUUUAAGCUAACUUAAAAGAUGUUUUAAUAUUUUCCUGUACUGCACAAAUACCUGUUUUAUCGAAUAGCAUAAUGAUGUAAAAAAGACGUUUUGGAGCGUAUUCAAUGUAAACAACAGGCCAAGGUUGAUACAGAAAUAGGAACUUAGUUUGCUGCACCUUGACGGGCAUUCAGAAUGCAGGGUCCUGAGAUAUUUUUUUACGUGUAUAUAUUGGCAACAUGAAGCUCUGUAAUCCUUGUUCUGAGAGGGGUUUUUUUUUUUUCCCCCAAAAUUAAAAUAUUUCUUUGGAUAUUCAUCUUCGGUAUUUUUCUUAAAGUUGGCUGUAUAAUACAAAUGGCUUCAAUACUUUGUGCAAUGGCUUUUUUUCUUUCUCGUGCAGUCCUUGUAUGGCUAAGACGUCUUUGAGAUCCUUGUACACUGUUUAUAUGUGCAAUAAAAUGUGCGUGGCCAGCUGAGAGUCCCUAAGUGGACAGAAUGUACAUAGUGCGAAUAUCCUCUCUUUUAUUAUUUAACAGUCAUUAAAACUUUGAAUUUGUACAAACCA